AACACAGACAGAGAGAAGUCAUCAUGACAGAUGACCAGAUUUGCGUACUUUGUCCUUUGGGCUUAACUGUUCCAUAACCAUAUAUUAUGGGGCACCACAUAGACCAGAUGUUUGUGAGAUUAAUAAAAUAGCCACCCAAAAGAGGCUCUGUCCAUCUCUGGCUUCGUCUGCAUAUCUCGCUCUCCCCGUGCCUCUGCGCCAUGGACAGGUACCGAUACCGUUUACUGCUUUUCGCCGUGAUCAUCCUAUCGGUGAGCUGUCCCGUGAUCCAUGGCUCGGUCUCGUGGUUCCCUUAUCACUACGUCCAGCAGGCCAACCGAAGGUUCGAGCAGAAAACUGACCGCUUCUGGGAGUAUGAUGAGCAGGCCAAGAGGUGGGUUGAGGUCGAGUUGCCUCGUGAUCUGGUGUCCUGUGUCGACGGUAACUGCAGCAAGCUCGGUUUGAUCGGACCGGGCACGAGAAGGGGAGAAGAGGACCGGGGAGGAAAGAACGAUGGAGGAGGGGAACGGAGAGAGAGCUCCGACGUUGCUUUGACUCAGAGGAAGAGGAUCUCCCUGACGAAGAUGUCCGAGACAUCCAUCUGGGUCACGGGAGAGAGUGGUUCCAUCUAUGAGAGGUUCUGGAACGGAGUUCAAUGGGUCAUAGCGCCACAUGACUUGCCGAUUGCAGCUGGUCCCGCGAAGUCAGUCUUUUUCGUGAACCAGACGAUACUCGCCCUAUCUGAGGCAGGUCAGCUGUAUCAGAUACAGCUGAUAGAUGAAAGCUCACAGCCACUUUGGGUCGAGUUUCCACCGAUAAUCGACUUGAGCUCGAGCAAAGAAAAGGAUGAAAGUGCUGCAAUCCAAAUAAAGUCGGGUGUGGUUUCACACGAUGGAGUGAAAGUUUACUUCUGCACAAAGAAAGGGUUACUGUUAGAACUCAGCGAGGUUGAGCCACCGAGAUGGGUGAAUCACGGGCGACCGCCAGGUGCUAAUGUUGUUGAAAUAGCCGACGCUGCGAAUUUAAGACCCGAGGUAAUAUUUACCAUUAGCUCCACAGGUGAACUAUACGAGUUCGAUCCAAGUUCAAGACCAUCCUGGAAAAAGCAUAUAAGUGGAGAAGGAAGAGCUGAAGAUACUUCCUUGAUGCCAUCGAGAGGAUGUGCCUUACCAGGCUUGAAUGGAGAUAAUUCCAUGUCACUCUUCCUCCUGACCAAGGGUGGUAAUCUAAUCGAGAGACGACUCCAUCAACAGAAAUGGAGAUGGAUAGUCUAUGAGAGUCCAAAGGAUCAGAACCUGUCAUCUAUAGCCUCAGUCCAGCAAGAUGAGUCCGUUGAAAAUUUCUACUCACUAUUCUUUACGACAACCACAGGAGAUAUCUUGGAAUACCGGAAACCGAAACAUUCAGAGAUGAGCGAUAACCAUAUUCUCGAGAAUUGGGUUAAUCACAUGCAUCCCGAUCAAGCUAGAGCAGCAUGCGGCAUAGCUGGCACACAGUUCCAGUCAGGAAGGAUGAUGUUCCCUCUAGAUGAUGGCAGGCUCGGAGAACUUCAUUUGUCGGGUUUUGGUGGUGAAACUUCGGGACCUGGCCAAGUCAAUAUCCGCAAGAAACCAUCAAUGAAAUAUAUGUGGUCGAUAUUGGAAGCCCCAGAAACCGAAGGGUGGAAUGCAGAGUACUGCAGUGAGGAACGUGGGCCCACGAAUUGCAUAAACGGCAUUAAAGAUGAUAACACGGACAGCUCAGGACAUUCAAGGACGGUGAUAAGGAGAAGGAAGGCAAGCCAAAUGCAGCAAGAAUACUUAUUUCCUGGCACAUCGGGAUCGGGUGGUACAGAAUACAGUUUGCCCAGCGAUUGGACCAACAAUAAUUUUCGGCUCCGAGUGAUGUAUGGAGGAAGAUCAUUUUUCGUCAUAACAGACGGCGGUCUGACCUUUGAGUACAUCUACACCGAGAAUAUCUGGUUUUGGCUGAGGCAUGACCACUCGACUGCUGUGAAAGGAGCGGUCGGAAAUUAUAAUGGGAGUCUCUUCGUAGUGGACACGUACGGGAGCUUGUUCAUGAGGGAAAGGAGCAGCGACACGCUAAACUGGAUAAACUGCACGGCUAUGAGGAAAGGGAAGCGAGUGAUUGGAGGCCCUCCAUGGGAUGGAAUUCCAGGAAGAGACGUGAUGCUCACAGUACAUGAUUCACUCUUCCUCGUGAGCAACAAUGGAAAGUUACUCCAGUUCAUUGUUUCUCACAGAAAAUUCAAAUGGAAAGAUUGCAAAAAUCCAAUGAGUACGAAGAUAGCAAGCAUAAUAGAUCAAGAGCAGUUUCCGAAGAAUAUAGUGUUUGUUGUGGGAAGGAACGGGUGGCUUUAUCAGUACAACAAAGUGACCGAACUGUGGCAUGAGCAUUCCCAAUCUCACCAUUUGGUUCUGUCAAGGCUACCUGGGACUGCAAUGCGUCCAUUGCCAGCAUCUCUGGCGGGCUCGGUCUUUAUGCUCUCAGAGGACGGUGGACUAGUCGAAUACCGGUGGAACACAGUGGAUGGAUGGAACUGGGUGGAGCACGGAACCCCGAGAAUAGGUGUGACAUUGGUUGGUUCGCCGGGUCCAUGCUUCCAAGAGAGUCAGCUAUUCUUGAUCGGUUCUGAUGGAGCAGUAUAUCUGAGGUACAUGGACCAAACUAUGUGGAAAUGGGAAAAUCUUGGUUACCCUCUCCCUGCAGUUUUUGGAGAUGAGACGCAGGCAGAGGCGAAACAGGGGAAGGAUGAUAUUUGCAUGAAUGGAGAUUUCAAUGCUGCAACAAAAAGAAAAGCGAUAAACUGCGAUCCAAAGGUAGCACCAACCCGGCCGAUUCCAUUCUCUGAGGAUUCCGUAAUCUUCGAGCUAAGAGAUGGAAGAUUGGCGGAACUGCGAAAGACAGAAGAUGCGAAAUGGGUAUGGUCACGAACCAUCGGAACUCCGACAAGUUUAUGCCAAGAAAACUACUGGGCUGCUCUCGAAACUUGAGUAGGAAUAAAUUACAAACCCGAACUCACGAAAGACAUGUCAGAUGAGGACAAGAACAACAAAAAUGCGGGUUCAGGAGUGCUAUACAGAUAGGGGAAUAUGUACCUCUGCAGCAACAAUAUGCAUUCCUUUUCGGUUUGCUUCAGGAAGAGGUCCCAGAUGCACAGAAAGACAAUAAGAAUGAGGCCGAAAACAAUAGGGUGGUAGCAAUAGCAUGCUAGAAUUUUGAAGUUCAGCAUAUCCCGGGCUCACCGAUGGAUCGGGGCCGACCGUGGCAUGGAUGUAUAAAGUAGUCCGAAAAUUGAGUAGAUCAAGUGAAACAGCGAAGCAAGAAGAGGCGUAAUGUACAGUAGCUUACUUGUUUGCUUCUGCAUUAUGUACAGUUUACAGCUAAACACAAGCCAGUACUACACAAACACAUGAAGGCACAAGACUAUUAACGAACU